ACAUUUGUGUUUUGUAUUUUUCUCUUUAGAUAAUAGUAAUAGUAAUAAUGCUGUGGAUAGUGUCGGCGUGCUGUUUCAUUGGUUUCAUCUUCCUGAUCCUGUACUUGAUUUGCCUCGGGAUUGUGAUAUUUAUGUCCAUUUUCUACGGCUAUGAGAUUUCAAAUUGAUGUUGUCCAGAGAUCCAGAAGUGCCUCAUAUACAGAAACUGAUCGAGUUCGAGGCCUCAGUCUACAAGCCAUGCAAAUUGGAUCUUCUGAAGAAACUUCGCUAUCGGACAGUGCGCGAAAUGCGCAUAAUGCUAAACGGGGAAGCUCCUUCGCUGUCAUGGCCCUCCUCAGAGGCGCUCGGAUGGAAAAGAUGCCUCCCUGCCCUAGAAUCCUCAAAUCCUUGGAUCCCAAUACGUUCGAUGGCGAUGGCUUCCUCGAAGUCCGACGAUCGGCAAUGCGUAAUUUUAAGAACUAUUUUGAUCUUGUGGCUUCUAGGGCUGGCAUUCCCUUUAAACCGGUAAUUCUUGAUCGACCAAAGUACAGGCUGGAAGAAAGGAUGCGCAGUAGGAAUCCGGCAUCGAAGCGGGUGGUAAUCUACACUUUUAUACGCCGAGCUCUAGGUGUUCCACACUUCAUCGUUCCAUCAUUGGUAUUUACAAUUUAUGAGCGAGGCGACCGCGCAAAAGCAAUCUGUUGCGCAUAGGCCGGUGCCCGAGAGCCAUCGCAGUGCUUUCACGGAAAUACAGUAAUUCUUCUUACGCACACAGUUAUUUUCGAUCCAGUGAUCCAGUUAUUC